GGCGGUCCCGUACGUCCCGGUCCCGGGAAGCAGUUCCGCCGCUUCCUGCGCCGGGCGGGCGGCUGCGAUGCCCGUGGAGCCCUUGGUCUGCGCCGACACGGCCACGCGGGUGAGCUCCGUGCUGAACCGGGACGCGAAGCAGUUCGGGAAGAAGCACAUGUUUGAUGGGAGUGAGGAGACGUGCUGGAACUCGGAUCAGGGCACCUGCCAGUGGGUCACCCUGGAUUUCCCCUGCACCGUCAAGGUCUCACAGCUCCACAUCCAGUUCCAGGGGGGAUUCUCCAGCCGGCUGUGCACACUGGAAGGCUGCAGAGCAGGGGAAGAACUGGUGAAAAUAUCUGAGCUGUACCCCGAGGACAUCCAUGCCAUGCAGAGAUUUCAGGUGGAGGAGACAGUGCUGGAUAAGCUGAAGAUCACCUUUGAGAACAGCACUGACUUCUUUGGGAGGAUCGUGGUCUAUCACCUCGGGGUGCUGGGGGAGAGGCUCUAAGGCAGUGGCAAGGGACAGCACGGAGGAAAGGGGACAACAAAAGCUGCCAGUGGGGAUGUACAGCCUCCAACUGCACCCCAAGGUGCUGAGAGGGACCCCCUGCCCCACAGGAUGGCAGUGACAGAGGGACACUAGAGCAGAGAUCCAUGUGCUGGACUUUGGUGGGACACAGAAGUGUAAUGACACAAAUAAAUGGUGUCCCCACUC